ACUGGUACAGUUUCUAUAAAAUAACUCAGUAAAACCUGGAAUUUGAUACCAGAUUUUUGAUAUGGCUGUUGUUGCUGCACCUGAGACUGUUGUAAUCGACGGAGAAUUGUAUUCCCUGGAUAUAAUUCCCGAUGAGGGUUCUUCUAUUGUACUUCAAGAACAAACGGUUUUUAAACAUGUUGAUCUGAAAACAUUGGUAACCGAUCUUGGACGCGUGGGAGAAUUCAUCCGCAUUGCAUACAAUGGAGUUGGAGCAGCUGGAUCGAAGUUUACACCUCAGCAGGUUAAAAUACAGCGACUGGGCUAUGACAUUACCAAGCUCUGUGAUAAAUCUGCUGUGACUGUUGUUAAAUUCAAGGAAGCUUCGAGAAUUAUUGUAGUAGACUUGCAAGCCACAUAUGCCUAUCUUCUGGACAACUUGGAGGAGAUUGCAGUUGAUUCCUUAUCAACUAUUUCAGAGAUCGCAAAAGCAAUGGAGCAAGAAGCAAGUGAGUUGGAAGGUGAUUUUUACAACCAAGCAAAUAAAGUAUUAGAAAUACUUAACGAUACAGAAGGAGCCAAAGGAGAAUUUGAUCGAAAAAAAAGUGAGAAGGAAGAGCAGCGACAACAAUUUGAAGCAGAUAAAAAAAUUGAGGAGAAAAAGGUUAAAGAGACAGAAAUAAAAGUAACGGAGGCAGAAAUUCGACGUAAAAAACUUGAGGUAGACGAAGACGAAGCAAUAUCUCAAAUUGGUGACGUAAGUGGUCAAUGGAAAUUUUUAAAGGAGAUUUUUAAUGGUUUAACUGCCAAAAAGCAUUUCAAGGCUGAUGGAGAGGAGAAGGCAGACGCCAUAAGAAAGCAACGAUUGGAGGCUCUUAAACAAGAGCAAGCUAUCCGAGAAGAACGCUAUGCAGCUAUUGUCAAGAUGUCAGAUUUCACUCUCAAGAUUGGGCAGUGCAAGACAGAAGAGAAUAUGUCACAAGUUGCAGUCGAAGCACUCCACGAGGCAGCUGGAGCUCUCAAACAUCUAUCUGUUGUCAUGAAUAAGGUUGCACUGUUUUGGAAGCAAAUGCAAACACAUUGCUCUUUGAUUGGACAUUCUGACGUGAAAUCUCAAAUUGAGAUAGCAUUGGAGAAGUACUCAGAAGAGAAACGUCUCAAACUGUGGACAUCAAAAGGUUUCAAGACAAAGGUGAUGAGGUUUUAUGCCAAGUGGGUCGCCCUGCAUGGAGUAUGCGAUGUCUACACGAAGCGGAUCAAAGAGACACAGGCAGAUCUCUACAAGUACCUUACAGAGAAUCCAACCUGGGAAGAAUCUCGUGUAAACAUACAAGAUCUGGCAGCAAAGUUUCACGCUGUUCUACUGGAGGAUCAAAAGGCCAUCACUGAAGAAGACUUCAAAGCUUCGGAGGAGAUGAAAGCCUUGAAAGAAAAUAUGGAUUAACUCUUAAACUUUUUUGGCGUAUAUAGCUAGUCUACACUAUAAUAUGAGGUUUCUAGUGAGUUCACUACUAAUAAUUAAUAAUCA